AAUGACGAAUCUCCGACAUUCUCCGAAAAUGGUCAAAAACCUCAUAACUCCAUUUGAGCUUGAUUUUGCUAAAAUUUUAAUAAUAUAUUGACACGUACAAGUGCCUGACCAUAUAUAAAUUCAUUAAUUCAUUCAGGUUAUUUGCUGUUUUCUAACUGUGAACUUAAAACUGUGCUGUUUUUUUUUAUGUUAUUUAUUUGUAUUAUUGUUGUUGUUUUUUUUAUAUAAUUUGGCAUGCAGUUUUUAUAUACGAUGCGUUUAGGCCUAUAUGAUUUCCCCACCCUGUUUUAUGAAGGCCGUUUGAACGUUUCUGGCCUCGCCCUGCUUCAAUUAAAAGUAUAGACGUUUAAUUCAGAUGUAUUUCUUUUAUUGGGAUUCUGUUAUUUGAUUUAACUGAAAUUUAGGAAUUAAUAAUGUAAUGAACAUAGCUGGGCAAUAAAUUAUCUGUCGUUUAAAUGAAGUCAAUCACGUAAUUUUGAAGUUUUAUUUUAUUGACAUAAAGUUCAUAUUAUUUUGAUUUAUGAUUUUGUUUUAUUACCAUACAUUAUUCCAACGCUUCUACAGUUUAGAAAGAAUAAGUCUCAUAUGUAUUAAAGAAAACGUCAAAAUGAAGUUUGUAACUAUUCAAUAAAUGUGUUUAGAUUCGAUGUGCGCUCACGCGCUCUGCUCACACACGUGACUUCAGGUGUGCGCGCAUGAGUGAUUCAAAUUUUAGUUUCUAUAGCGACGCGUGUUAUGAAUUCUGUCUGCAUAUAUACACACUCGAACCAGAUCGCUAUCUGUUGGUUGAGAGGCGAAGCGAAUUCAGAGACUUUUGCAGAGCAUUUCUUGAGAUUUUGAAGCUGAGAGGAGACUUUUAUUCUAGAAGGAGAGCGGAGGAUAUUUCUUUCACAUAGUUUUAUUUAUUUUGAAAGACUUCAUAUUAUUUCUGAGGACAGUUUUAUUGUUCUUUUUUAUUUUAGAAGGAGUUUGUAGUUUCGGUUCUUUCUUUCUUUUUUUUUUAGCUUUUUCUUUCUUUCUUCUUCUUCUUUUUUUUUUUUGGAGGAUUAUUUCUGAGGAGAGUUGUAUUUCAUUCUUUUUUUAUAUAUAUUGUAUUUUGUAAGUUAUUGUUUUUAUUGCAGUUUGGAAGAGGAUGUCGAUGGCUCACGGGGGUGAAAGAGGAGCCUCAGGCAGCUCCAGAUCCAGGAGAGCUGCUUCCUGUCAGACGGCUGGUCAGGAGCUUUGGAGACCCGGUUCUGGUGACCACGAUCAGGAUCCGCUGCCAGACCCGACCCAGACACUGAGCCAGGAGAUAUCUGGAUAUUUAACACCUCUGCCGUCAGACUUCUCUGUUUUUGUGUCCACAGGUCAGGAUCACUGGAGGAGGAAGUGGCAGAGCGGCAGCCAGCAGAGCCCAGAUGAUGGACGUCCGUCCACUCCAUUUAAAAGACUUGUUAAACGCUCUCACAGAGCCUCCGGCCACUCCAGAUCCACUCAGACAGAUUCUUCACCGGGCAUCAUGUCCACAUCAUCUCUGUCCCUCUCUGAGGACAAUGUAGAGAGGCGGUCAUGCAGAGAGUUGAUGAGCCUCAGCAGCAGAGGCUCGUACAGCGUCAUAUGGAGGUGGAGUGGUGAUGGAUCAGAUCGCCCAAACCAACAGGGCAACCGGUGUUUGUCCAGGUCCGACAGCCUCGAAGAGUGGAUGUGCCCUCCGCUGCCGGGUCAAGUUCCUGUCGGGCCGUCAGAGACUUCAAAUGGCCGAACUGCUCAGGGUGCCGUGGAGGAGGCUUCUCCUGUGAACAAGAGCUCAACAGAAGAACCUACAGAAUGUCGGAAGAGGAAAGGAUUUGGUUCUGUCUUCCAGAGGCUGUGGAAGGCUUUGAAGAGUCCUUUCGGCUGCUGUUUCCACAGUAGUGCUGUGGAUGUUGUGGAGCCUUUUGUCCCUCCAGCAGAUCUGGAGCCAGAGCCUGAUCCUGAGCCGUCACCUGCUCCAGAUCACUCCGCCGUCAAGACAAAUAACGAGUCCUUUGAGUCUCUCUAUAACGUGGGAGAGAUGAUUGGAUCUGGAGGAUUUGGCAGGGUGUACGAGGGAACACGCAGAUUUGACUCCAAAAAGGUUGCCAUCAAGCGGAUGCGCAAGACUGACAACAAUCGUUACCUUGAUAUUCCUGGGCAUCCCGAACCUCUCGUUACAGAAGUGGCGCUGCUGCUGAUGAUGAGGCGAGAACCCAUAAGCCCCUACAUCAUACAACUAUACGAGUGGUUUGAACAUCCUCGAAAAUUCACUCUGGUCAUGGAGUUCCCUGAACCCUGCGAGAGCUUGCUGGACUUCAUCGUUCGUCAUCCUCAACUGGACGAAACAACAGCGCGGGUCAUCAUGCGACAGGCUGUGCUGGCAGUACAACACUGCGUUGAGCAUGGUGUUUUUCAUAAUGACGUUCAUGCGCAGAACUUCCUGUUGAAGAAAAACACGUUAGAGCUCAAGCUGAUAGACUUUGGCUGCGGUCAGCUGUUGAGCAGCGACGGCUACGAGAGGAACAUAUACCGUGGAAUACUGGAUUACUGCCCACCUGAAGUCUUGACAGACCCUCGAUUUCACGCCGUCCCAGCGAAUGUCUGGUCUCUAGGAGUGCUGCUGUAUGAGAUGGUGAACGCAUGUUCUCCUUUUCAGGACAGAGCGGAAAUCGCACAAGCCAAAGUUACAUUUCAGAACUCCAGCUUAUCCAAAGAAUGCAGAGAUCUGAUUAGCCAGUGCCUAACCCGGGAUCCAACUAAACGGCCGACGUUAGAGCAGAUGUUACAACAUAGAUGGAUUAGAAAUGAUGUAGAUUGGAGAAGUUCAGGAGAUUCACUCCAUCAGUGAUUACAGGAAACAACAGACUUGCUGUCGUCGGUGGAGGGCUUGAACUCGAGAUUUGACUGAAGCCUGAAGUCCAACCCCAGCCUGACAGGAACUCAGAGCCGCCGCACCAGAGACUCAGAGCCUGUCCACGUCUGAGAAGAACACGAGAGACGACAAGACUGGAGAGAAUCGUCAAGUCAUUACAGACACAUGUGCUUCGUUCUAAAAUGUCAAGACGAGUCAUCUUUAUUUAUGACCAAUCUGUCUGUGACUGUAUAUGUAUAUAUGUAUAUAAAAUCUCUAUAUGACCCCUUUGAAUAAAUGUUUUUAGUUGCAUAAAUACUACAUGGUUGCAAGCUUCAGUGCAUUGUAGAGCCUGUCAUAACAAAACAUAAUCCUACAAUAAAUGAGACUAUAAAUGGACAAUAAUAAUAAUUUGGUGCACUAUCCACUAUUCAUGUAUUAGAAAGAUUUAGGUCAAUCUUGAAGCUUAUAGGAAUAGUUACCCAAAAACGCAAAGUUCUGUCAUGAA